AUGAGGUCAUGGUGGCAUAUUUUGAAGAAAGUUUUGCUCAGUAACAAAAUGGACCCCAGGAAUUUAGGUAUAGGAAUAAUAUUGUUUAUACAGAAUACAGUUGGAAUUCUGGGAAAUGUCUUUCUUCUGUCCUACUACCUAUUUAUUUAUUACAAGAAACACAAAGUAAAGCCCUUGGAUUUAAUUCUCAUGCAUCUGGUCAUGAUUAACUUCUUGAUCAUUCUCUCUAAAGGAAUGAGCAACACAAGGACAGCCUUUGGGUUGAAAAACAUCUUCAACGAUUGGAGCUACCAACUUUUUAUGUAUAUGCUAAGAGUUUUCCGGAGCAUGUCCAUUGAUACCACCUGUCUCUUGAGUCUCUACUCAGUUAUCAUCAUCAGCCCUAGAAACUCCUGUUGGAAGAAUCUUAGAGCCAAAUCUCUCAGGGACAUUGGUCUAUACAUUUCUCUCUGCUGGGUCUUGAACAUCAUGGUAAAUGUUGUUUUCCCCUUAUACAUGUCCAUAAAAUCAAAGAGGAAAAACAUAACAAAAGAGACAGAGUUUGAACUGUAUACUGUUGUAGGUCAUGACAAAAUCACAGUCUCCUUAUAUGUAGCAUUCUUUGUGUAUCCUGAACUUCUAUUUUCUGUCCUGAUCAUCUGGUCCAGCAUCUCAAUGACUGUCUUUUUGUAUAGGCACAAACAGCGAGUUCAACAUAUUCGCAGCACUUGUGCUUUCCACAGUAACUCCCCUGAAUCCAGAGCCACCCAGAACAUCCUUGUCCUUGUGUUUACCUUUCUGGCUUUUUAUACACUCUCUACCAUCUCACAUGGUUACAAUGCUCUGUUGUCUGGUGACAAUUGGUGGCUGAUGAAUAUCACGAUCAUUAUAACUUUGUGCUUUCCCACUUUUAGCCCAUUUUUACUGAUGAGUAGAUCUUCCACUCUCUCCCGAUUCUGCUUUUUUGAAUAA